GGCGGGGCCGAGCGGGCGCGCGGCGGCGGGUCCGAGGGGGCGGGUCCGCGUGGCGCUCGCAGUCGCCCGCCCGCCGCGGAGAGGUCACAGCCCGAGCCGCCGCCGCCGCCUGUGCGCGCCGCCGCCAUGGCCUACUGCCGGCAGGAAGGGAAGGAUCGAAUCAUAUUUGUGACCAAAGAAGACCACGAGACCCCGAGCAGUGCGGAACUGGUGGCUGAUGACCCCAAUGACCCGUACGAGGAGCACGGGCUGAUCCUGCCGAACGGCGACAUCAACUGGAACUGCCCGUGCCUGGGCGGCAUGGCCAGCGGCCCAUGCGGGGAGCAGUUCAAGUCGGCCUUCUCCUGCUUCCACUACAGCACGGAAGAGAUCAAGGGGUCGGACUGUGUAGACCAGUUCCGGGCCAUGCAGGAAUGCAUGCAGAAGUACCCAGACCUCUACCCCCAGGAGGAGGAGGAGGAGGAGGAGAAGCCGACGGAAUCGGGGACGGACACCCCCAUGCCCCCCCCAGCCAAAGAAGAGGCGAGGUCGAGCUAAUGACCGGCGCCGGGCCCCCCGUGGACUCUGCAAAACGCCUCUGGGUCACCCUCCAAGAAAGCGUCUCCCCCUCUACUGUUCUGGGUGUUCGGAUGUACAAAGUAACUUAUUUGAUGGUUUUCAGGGGCGUUGGCCCCUUCGUCACACACUGGAAAAACACAUGGGGUUGGCGGUUCGAGUCUCACCUCAGACCACCAGCAGAUGGGACUGCCGCUCAGGAAUUCUCAUCCCCUGAAUUUCGCCACUUGUAAUAGGGCCCUGCCCGGGGU